AUGUCAGAUUCACCUUCCUAUGUCGACUACGAAACUUUUCUUUCUCCAUCUUUCUCGCCGGAAUUAUUCGCCAACAGCCUUAUCCUCAGCACCAACAACCCUACCGAUACAACGCUUGAUCUCUCCACUCCGUUAUCCCGCGUUCUAUUUGACAUCCAGGAGAUAGACACGCACAUCCACAAUCUCACUACCAGAUCUGCCCUACCGAUCUUGAAUUAUGUGAAGAGUAGGGACGAGGCGAGUAAGCGUAUCCUGGGGGUCGUAGAGGGCGAGGUUGGGACGCUAAGAAGUAAUUAUGAGAGACUAGAGAAGGAGGUUUUGGAGAGGUAUAAAGAGGCGGAGAAGAUGAGGGUGGUAAGCUUGAGGAGCCUGGAAGUGUUGAGGUUGGGUAGGGAAGUGGGGAGGGCAGUGGCAUUGGGGAGGCAACUGGAGAUUCAGGUUUCCGAAGCCGGACUGAAUAUGCCAGGGAGAGCUGGCAAGGAGGAUCAUAGGGUGAUGGUGAGGGCUUCUUACACGAUUCUGGAAUUCAGAGGGCUAGUUGAUGACGAAGCAGAGGAGAAAGAGUUGCAGAGGGUGAACAUUGUCAAGACUCUGAAGACAGACUUGUUUGCUGUUGUGGAGGAGAAAAUCAAGAACAAAGCUCAACAGAUCAUCCGCGAGUUCAGCAUCUCCAACCUCACCUCUCCAGCGGCCGCCACCACCACGAGUACCCAGGCUGGAGCGGUAUCGUCAACGACGACCACAUACCAAAAAACCGAAGACGCAAAAGCCCGCACCACAUCCGCAGUUACAAUUCUCUACCUUCUCUCCUACGUGAUCGCACCACCAUCAUCGUCGAAUGGGCAAUCAUCAACAAUUCCAUACUUUCACCCAACCCUCCUCCUCACAGCCCUCCAAACAUUCCUCCAAAACGCCCUAACCUCCUCCCUAGCUUCCAUCUCACGCGCCCUAACCACCCUCCCAACACUCGACCGCACCCUCCUAGAGGUAAGCGCGCGAUGCCAAAACAUCGCGGCGUUGGAGGUGCUUCUCUCAGGGAUAAAAUGUCCUCACCACCCCUUCUUAAAUUCCUCCUCCUCCUCUAGCUCCAACCCACGAGAAUCGGAACCAGAACCGCCAGGUAUCGGGGACGAAGCAGAUGAUGACAAGGACGACAAAGAAAAAGAAAGCAACAACCUUCUUGUCCCGCUCCUAAUGUCAUUGGAUACGUCAUCGUUGCCCUCUUAUUUCUGGCGCUCUCUCGCCGCGGCGCUUUCGGCGAGGGUGCAAGAGAUACUAAGUCGCGGUGGGGUUUCGGCGAGGACGUUGAGAAGUAAUCGCGAGAGGGUGGGAGGGGCGAUAAGGGAGUGUGUGCUUAGGGGGGGUGAGGUGCCGGGUGGGAUUGGUGUGAAGAGAGGAAAGGGAGUUGUUGUAAAUUGGGAGAGGGAGGCUGCUGUUAUGGUUGGGAGUGUGGUUGGGGUUUUGAGUAGGGGAUAG